GCUCCUCGUUUACGUCUGGGAGUCUGAAACGCGUAUAAGGAACAAGAAGAACCACACUUGUUAUUUCUAAUGAUAUAACAAAUAGCCUAUAGAUGUCUAAAUGUACACGCUAAAGCUGUAGGGGAAGCUCUGCAGAGAAAUAGGCCUAUUCAAGCAUAAAACGAGCGAAAACGAAAAGCGAAACCGAAACCGGAGGUGAAAUCGCCAAUCCUGCAGUUCUCUUUAAAUGCAAAAUGCGAAAAUGAAAUGCAAUACUUGGCACAUAACCAAACACUGUGUGCCUUUAAGUCAGGCUGACCCAGCACACUGUUCUAAUUAGUAAAUGUUUGAACAAAACGGAUAGCUACCAAGAGAUACAGUCACUGUUGUUCCAAACCUGCUGGACUUGCCACCAUGAAAGGCAGACAAUGUGCUAUUUUAGUGCUUUUUGCACUGUGCGUUGUACCAACGGUAAACUGUGGAAAUAUCCUGGUCUGGUUCACUGAAGGAAGUCACUGGAUCAACAUGAAGCCUGUGCUGGAUGAAUUGAUUGAGAGAGGCCACAGAGUCACCAUGCUGUUUCACAAUGCCUCAAUGUUCAUCGAUCCCAAGGAACACACACAGUACAACUACCACCUGUUUAAUGUGUCCAUCGACAUGUCUGAAAUGGUGGAGUUUUUUGAGGAGCUCUUCCACUUUUCUCUGUAUGAGUUCAGCCAUUCAGGUUAUGUGAGAAUCUACUGGAAGCUUCAUGAACUCAUGACGAAAAGCACUGAUUUUGGUGUUAGAAUGUGUGAUGGCAUUCUGCGUUCAGAAGCUCUCAUGAAGAAACUGAAGAAGGGCAAAUAUGAUCUUGUGUUCGUUGAUCCUAUUUCUCCCUGCAGUGAGCUGGUAGCUGAGAUUCUGGACAUACCCUUUGUGUACUCACUGCGUUUCUCAAUGGCCAACACCAUGGAGAGACGCUGUGGACAGCUGCCUGCUCCACCAUCAUAUGUUCCCGGCACUAUGGUCAAACUGACCGACCAUAUGAACUUCACUGAAAGGCUCAUCAAUUUUGUGUUCUAUCUGGUACAGGAUGCUAUGUAUAGCCUUAUUUGGAGACGCUUUGAUCAGUAUUACACUGAGAUUUUGGGGAAGCAAACCUCUUUCUGUGAGCUAAUGGGCAAAGCUGACCUCUGGUUGAUUCGGACAUACUGGGACUUUGACUAUCCCCGCCCCAUCCUUCCCAACUUCAAAUAUGUUGGAGGAAUUCACUGCAAACCUGCCAAACCCUUACCAAAGGACAUGGAGGAGUUUGUUCAGAGCUCUGGGGAUGAUGGCAUUGUGGUGUUCACCUUGGGAUCAAUGAUCGCAAACCUCACCAAAGAGAAGAGCAAUAUCAUUGCCUCCGCCUUGGGGCAAAUCCCACAGAAGGUGUUGUGGAGGUACAAAGGGGAGAAACCAGAGACUCUUGCUCCAAACACCAGACUGUAUGAAUGGAUCCCACAGAACGACCUACUGGGACACCCCAAAACCAGGGCUUUUGUCACCCACGGUGGGACCAAUGGAUUGUAUGAGGCCAUAUAUCAUGGUGUUCCCAUGGUGGGUAUUCCACUGUUUGCUGACCAACCAGACAACAUGGUGCACAUGAAAGCCAAAGGAGCUGCUGUCAUCAUGGACUUCAACACCAUGCAGACCAGAGACCUUGUGGACGGACUGAAGACUGUCAUCAAUGCUCCAUCGUAUAAAGCCAGUGCCAUGAAACUGUCCAAAAUCCACCAUGACAGACCAGAGUCUCCAAGAGAUGAGGCCGUGUUUUGGAUAGAACAUGUGAUGCGCAACAAGGGGGCCAAGCACCUAAGAGUAGAAGCCCAUAACCUCACUUGGUACCAGUACCACUCUCUUGAUGUGUUUGUGUUUCUGACUGGGAUAGUUCUACUGGUCCUCUUCACAGUUUUCAAAACUUGCAAGUUUUGCUUUAGAAUGUGCUGUUUGAAAUCAAGUCGAAAAAACAAACAAGAGUACACCCUUAUGGAGAAACUGAAGCAGGACAAAUACGACCUUCUAUUUGCAGAUCCUAUCUAUCCCUGCAGCGAGCUACUGGCUGAGAUUCUGGACAUCCCCUUUGUGUACUCACUGCGUUUCUCGGUGGCCGACUCCAUGGAGAGACUCUGUGGACAGCUGCCUGCUCCACCAUCAUAUGUUCCCGGCACUAUGGUCAAACUGACUGACCAGAUGAGCUUCACUGAAAGACUCAUCAAUGACAUGGAAGAGUUUGUUCAGAGCUCUGGGGGUAAUGGCAUUGUGGUGUUCACUUUGGGAUCAAUGAUCGCCAACCUCACCAAAGAGAAGAGCAACAUCAUUGCCUCUGCCUUGGGGCAAAUCCCUCAAAAGGUGUUGUGGAGGUACAAAGGGGAGAGGCCAGAGACUCUUGCUCCAAACACCAGACUGAAUGAAUGGAUUCCACAGAACGACCUGCUGGGGCACCCCAAAACCAGGGCUUUCGUCACCCAUGGUGGGACCAAUGGGUUGUAUGAGGCCAUAUAUCAUGGUGUUCCCAUGGUGGGCAUUCCACUGUUUGGUGACCAACCAGACAACAUGGUGCACAUGAAAGCCAAAGGAGCCGCUGUCAUCAUGGACUACAACACUAUGCAGACCAAAGACCUUGUGGACGGACUGAAGAGUGUCAUCAAUGAUCCAUCGUAUAAGGCGAGUGCCAUGAAUCUGUCCAAAAUUCACCAUGACAGACCAGAGUCUCCAAGAGAUGAGGCCGUGUUUUGGAUAGAACAUGUGAUGCGCAACAAGGGGGCCAAGCACCUAAGAGUAGAAGCCCAUAACCUCACUUGGGUGAAGUUGCAGGUAACAGAUCACAGCCAACAGUCAGUUACAAAUCAUGCUGGAUUUGCCGUCAUGAAAGCUGGACAAUGUAUUAUUUUAGUGCUUUUUGCACUGUGUGUUGUACCUAUGGUAAACUGUGGGAAUAUCUUGGUCUGGCACACUGAAGGAAGUCACUGGAUCAACAUGAAACCUGUGCUGGACACACUGAUUGAGAGAGGCCACAGAGUCACAAUGCUGUUUCAGAAUUGCUCGAUGUUCAUCGAUCCCAAGGAGCACGCGCAGUACAACUACUAUCUCUUUAAUGUAUCCAUCGACAUGUCUGUAAUGAUGGAGUCUUUUGAUGAAUGGAUACACUUUUCUUUGUAUGAGCUUGACCAUUUCAGUUAUGCGAGGAUUCACUGGAGACUUUACAAACUCCUAAGCAAAGAUGCCGAACUUAGCCUUAAAAUUUGUGAUGGCAUCCUGCGAUCAGACACCCUUAUGGAGAAACUGAAGCAGGACAAAUACGACCUCCUGUUCGCAGAUCCUAUCUAUCCCUGCAGCGAGCUGCUGGCUGAGAUUCUGGACAUACCCUUUGUGUACUCACUGCGUUUCUCGGUGGCCGACUUAAUGGAGAGACUCUGUGGACAGCUGCCUGCUCCACCAUCAUAUGUUCCCGGCACUAUGGUCAAACUGACUGACCAGAUGAGCUUCACUGAAAGACUGAUCAAUGUUGUGUUCUAUCUGGUAGAGGAUGCUAUGUCUUACAGUCUAUGGAGGAAGUAUGAUGAGUAUUACAGCGAGAUUUUGGGGAAGCCCACCUCUUUCUGUGAGCUAAUGGGCAAAGCUGACCUCUGGUUGAUCCGGACAUAUUGGGACUUUAACUAUCCCCACCCCAUCCUUCCUAAUUUCAAAUACGUUGGAGGAAUUCACUGUAAACCUGCCAAACCCCUGCCAAAGGAUAUGGAGGAGUUUGUUCAGAGCUCUGGGGGAAAUGGCAUUGUGGUGUUCACUUUGGGAUCAAUGAUCGCCAACCUCACCAAAGAGAAGAGCAACAUCAUUGCCUCUGCCUUGGGGCAAAUCCCACAGAAGGUGUUGUGGAGGUACAAAGGGGAGAAACCAGAGACUCUUGCUCCAAACACCAGACUGUAUGAAUGGAUCCCACAGAACGACCUGCUGGGACACCCCAAAACCAGGGCUUUUGUCACCCAUGGUGGGACCAAUGGGUUGUAUGAGGCCAUAUAUCAUGGUGUUCCCAUGGUGGGCAUUCCACUGUUUGGUGACCAACCAGACAACAUGGUGCACAUGAAAGCCAAAGGAGCCGCUGUCAUCAUGGACUACAACACCAUGCAGACCAGACACCUUGUGGACGGACUGAAGAGUGUCAUCAAUGAUCCAUCGUAUAAAGCCAGUGCCAUGAAACUGUCCAAAAUCCACCAUGACAGACCAGAGUCUCCAAGAGAUGAGGCCGUGUUUUGGAUAGAACAUGUGAUGCGCAACAAGGGGGCCAAGCACCUAAGAGUAGAAGCCCAUAACCUCACUUGGUACCAGUACCACUCUCUUGAUGUGUUUGCGUUUCUGACUGGGAUAGUUCUACUGGUCCUCUUCACAGUUUUCAAAACUUGCAAGUUUUGCUUUAAAAUGUGCUGUCUGAGAUCAAGUCGAAAAAACAAACUAGAGACGCUGUGUACCACAGGGUAUGGACCAUGUAUGACCAGUAUUACAGCGAGAUUUUGGGGAAGCCCACCUCUUUCUGUGAGCAAAUGGGCAAAGCUGACCUCUGGUUGAUUCGGACAUACUGGGACUUUGACUAUCCCCGCCCCAUCCUUCCCAACUUCAAAUAUGUUGGAGGAAUUCACUGCAAACCUGCCAAACCCCUACCAAAGGACAUGGAGGAGUUUGUUCAGAGCUCUGGGGAUGAUGGGAUAGUGGUUUUCACUUUGGGAUCAAUGGUUGCAACCCUCACCAAAGAGAAGACGAACAUCAUUGCCUCGGCCUUGGGGCAAAUUCCACAG